CAGACACAAAUUGACACUUACUCCCAGGAGCAUCUCGGAAAAACAGGGGAAGCGGGGGGAAGACGGAGAUCCAGAAAGCACGGCAGGUUGUUGAGGCUCGCUGGAUUUGUGUCCAGCUGUUUGUGCCACAUUGGGCCCCCUGAGGUCACUGCCGUCGAGUUCGCGGCCAGCGGCGCCAGCGUGCGUUUCACGACCCCCGACCUGCAGGUGCGCGCCUCGGGCUGGACCCUCGGGCUCGGCUCCGUGCUGCAGUGGCAUGGCGCCUCGCACUUUCUGGAUGCGCAGGGCGGGGUGCAGUGCGACCUGAUGUUCGGAGUGGACGGUGCCGACAGCGUUACCGGCACGGUCCGUGACUCCCUAGGGACCGAGAUCGGGCGCAUCUGGGCAGCUGGCUGGGCCCCCUGCUCUGCGACGGCGAGGUGCUGUGGCCGGGCCCCCAGGCAGCCCGCGCCGCUCUGAAGCUGGAGCGGGGCGCGCCGCAGAGGGGAUGAG